AUGGCUGAUGUGAACGCAGACAGGGAGCAGCAGAACGGGAAGCGACGCGCAGGUCGAGAGUCUUUGAUUCAGCGGAAGCCGAUCGGUGGGCAAACGAGCGUGCGACACGUGGUCCCGUACUCGUGGCGCAUAGCAUCAUGUGUGCUCGUUCUUCUCCUCGCUACGCAA